CUCUCAACUGAGGUUGUGGAGACCAUUCUUAGCUCCAGAGCUCCAGCUACGAGGAAACUUUAUAGACUCAAAUGGAAUGUUUUUUCUUCUUGGUGUUACCAACAUCAGUGUGACCCCGUCCACUGCUCUGUUGGCUCAGUUCUUGAGUUUUUACAGGACCGCUUCACUUCUGGUCUUUGUCCAUCCACCUUUAAAGUUUACGUGGUGGCCAUUUCGGCUUUCCACGCCCCAGUGGGUGGUGCAUCUCUGGGUCGUGACCCUCUUAUCUCUCGUUUCCUUCGUGGCACCUUGAGGCUGAGACCUGCAACUCGUACUAGAGUGCCGGCCUGGGACCUGGCUAUAGUUUUAGAAGGCCUUUCUAGGGCUCCUUUUGAACCCCUAGAUUCUGUCUCUGAGAAGUUUCUUUCCUUGAAGACUACCUUUCUCCUUGCUAUUUCGUCCCUAAAAAGAGUCGGAGACCUUCAGGCUCUCUCGGUUUCUCCCACCUGCCUUGAAUUUGCACCUGGGAUGGUCAAAGCAUUUCUCUACCCUAAGCAGGGAUACGUCCCUAAGGUACCGACCGUUGUUCCGAGACCUAUUUUUCUGCAGGCUUUCUGUCCUCCCCCGUUUGCAUCAUCGGACCAGGAAAAGUCUAACCUCUUGUGCCCGGUGCGAGCAUUGGACACUUAUGUUCAUCGGACUUCUUUUCGGAAAUCCGAUCAGCUGUUUGUUUGUUUCGUGUCACCUAAGAUAGGUCUUCCUGCCACUAAACAGACACUUAGUAAGUGGAUAGUUGGGGCUAUCCUUCUUGCCUAUGAGUCUUCUGACCUACCGUGCCCUUUGGGGGUCAGAGCUCAUUCUACUAGGAGUAUGGCGGCCUCUAGAGCCUUAUUAUCUGGGGCCUCUCUUCAGGAUGUUUGCGAUGCGGCAGGCUGGUCCUCUCCACUCACAUUCGUCAGGUUUUAUAGCCUA